AUGGAUGUAACAGACGGCACUCGAGAAAAGAAAUCAUUGAUUGACGUUAAGGUCAAGGGAGCGUCAAACUAUAGGGUAUGGGACUCUCAGUUUCAAGAUUGGCUACUUAAGCAAGACCAGUGUGCUAGACACUAUGAGUUUGGGUUGAUAUCAAAGAGACACAUCGACCCCUCCGUCGUGAAGCACUACAGAAACUUUGAUGUCGAGAGCUUCCGAGAACUCGUUGAUGACAUCGAUGCAAUACUUGCAACAUUUUUGAUCGAAACCUUGUCAGCAGCCCACAUUCAAAUUAAGAAGAAAAACAGAAUGAAGUACCACACCUUAAAAAAAAGAAUUGACGAAUACUGCUUAUUCGAAGCCGUGGGGGAAUGGUAUCAGAGGGAACAUGGUGUCAUGUGGAUCGAUACAAGCACUAGAUUUACUAAGAAUACCCCCACGCCAUACACCAAACAUACGUUCCUCUGGAGUACCUAUCACGAGUAUCACAUUGUCAACGACACAAGCUUAUUUUGGUAUUUGAAAGAAACGAACCCGAAGAAAGAGGAAUCGCAAGGAAGGCCAGCCGUUCAUGGUAUUGGGGUUCUCAAGAUAAGAUUGAAAACAGGUCCACCGUUGAUCCUUCCCCACGUAGCUUAUAUUCCUGGAUCAGAUCUCAUUUAUUCGGAAAUGGCGGCGAGAAGGGUCGGUCGUUCGAUAAAACUUACUAAGAAUGAUAUCCGUGGUCGUCGUCAGAUCGGCAGGAUUUCUCCACGUCCUCAGGUGGAUCUAGGGAUUCUUAGCAAGAACUUCUUACCCAGUGCAACUAACAACCCUAGAGCUGAGACCAAAGCGGAACAAUGGAGUGAGCUGGAAAGCGAGGAAUACAGCGAGGAAGAAAGCGAGGAAGAAAGCGAGGAAGAAAGCGAGGAAGAAAGCGAGGAAUCAUACAUAUCGUUUGACGAAGGGCCAGCCGAACACCCUCAUUUGAAUUUCUCUUUUAUCGCACCAUAA